AUGGCUGCUGAUGUGAAAGAAAUGUACCAUCAGUUUGAGAGGACAGUGUUUGGAGAAAUGUCUGCACCAUCCAGAGCGAACUAUACUAUGAGGCGAAAUGCUGAUGAGAAUGGGGAAGAUUUACCUCUUGGUGUGAAAGCAGUCUACAAGUGCUUUUACAUGGAUGAUGGCCUAUCAUCAACGGAUUCUCGUGAGGAAGCAAUUGAAUUGCGGAAGCAGAUGACCGUGUUGUUGCGCCGUGGAGGUUUCCACCUACACAAGUGGCUGACAAAUGACCCAGACGUCUUGGCGACCAUCCCGCAGCAAGAUAGAUUUCCACGAUUCCUCGAGCUGAGUGAAGACAAGUUGCCAACGGACAGAACUUUGGGCGUCAUUUGGGAUGCCCAGGAGGAUAUGCUCCGGUUUACCGGACUGAAGGGUGAUCCGGGUACGACAAAGAGGAAGAUCUUGAGCCAAGCGUUCUCUGUUUGGGAUUCACGAGGACUCCUCCUCUCAUUCACAAUCAGACGUAAGAUCAUCCUGCAGAGUCUGAAUCGUAUGAAGUACGGGUGGGAUGAUGAGUUGAAAGAAGCUGAUCUUCAAGAGUGGCGUGAAUGGCACAGGGAAACAGGGAACCAGGAUGCCUAUGGCGCGUGUACGUACCUAAGACGUGCAUUUACAGAUGACACAGUAGAGUGUAGUCUUAUUGCGGGAAAAGGCCGUGUUUCCCCUUUAAAGUUACUUUCUAUCUGCUGGCUGGAGCUCAUGGGAGCUCUAGUAGCUGUGCGAUUAGCUGAAACACUAGUGAAAGAAAUGACCGCAAAGAUAGAGAAGAUAAUCUUCUGGAGUGACUCCAUCACAGCCUUGCAUUGGAUCCGCCAGAAAAGUUCCACUUAUAAAGCAUUCGUCGGCAAUCGGGUGUCUGAGAUUCACACAAUUAUGAGCAAUCUGGAGACCUCACUGGGGGUGGGCACAGUGAGUUGGAGAUAUGUGCCGACAGAGGCUAAUCCUGCAGAUGACAUCUCCCGUGGACUAGGUCCUACAGAACUUUGCAAGGGCUUUCGCUACAAUAGUGGACCCAAGUUUCUGUAUGAAUCAGCAGAACUGUGGCCGGAGAAUAAAGUCGAAGCACCUUCCGAGAAAGAUGAAGUGAGUGAAAAGAAGAAGGGAAGAUGGGCUGGAGCAUCACAGGAAAAUGAGGUCCUGUUGGGAUAG